AUGAUCAUGAAACAAAUUCAAUGGUAUGGAACAAGUUCUGGACAGAAGAUGAACAAGAACAAGUGUUUCUUUCUCACUGCUCCUGGCACAGGUCCCACUAGAAUUAAUAAGAUUAGGGAUGCCACUGGUUUCUUGGAUAAGCAAUUCCCUUUUGAAUAUCUUGGCUGCCCUAUAUAUCUCGGUAGAAAGAAAGUUGAAUACUUUGAAAAAAUGCUUUCAAAAGUUGUUAAAAGAUUGAAUGUGUGGCAAAGCAACAUGUUGUCUUAUGGAGGUAAAAUAGUUUUGAUCAAAAGUGUUUUACAAUCCCUGCCUAUCUAUACAUUAUCUGCUCUCAGUCCUCCUAAAGGAACCAUUACGCUUAUGGAAAAGCAUUUUGCGAGAUUUUCUGGGGUUCCAAAAAUGAUAAGAGGAAAUACCAUUGGAGUUCUUGGGAAAAUUUAUGUUUCCCUAAGGAGGAAGGUGGGGUGGGUAUUAGAAAAAUGGCUGACAUUUGUGAAACACUGGAUAUCAAGAAGUGGUGGAGAUUCAGGUGCCAAGAUUCAUUAUGGGCAAGUAUGGGUAUCUGGCAACUCCCAUACCUGGAAAACAUUGACAAAGAUCAGGGGCAAAGCUGAGCCAAACAUGAUCUGGUGUAUUCAAGAUGGACAAAGCAGUUUCUGGUGGGAUAACUGGACUGGUUAUGGUGCCAUCGCAAACUAUUGUCCAGAUUAUGUACAUUCCAGCAGUACUAAAGUUAAAGAAUUUAUCGAUAACAAUGAAUGGGAUAUCCAAAAUCUACAAAACAUUCUUCCAGAUUGGCUUUACCAACACAUCAACACCAUUAAAAUUGGAUCUAAUCAGAAAAAGGACUUCAUCAUUUGGAAACCUGCAGCUGAUGGAGUUUUUCAAACAAUGAUGCUUGGAAUGGCAUCAAAACACACAGACAAAAAGAUCCUUUGA